UCUCCACUAUUCACAUUUUAAUUGUCGCCAUCAAACAAACCAUUAAACUAAAAGGAAAAGAAAAAAAGGACAACCACGGAGUUUCAACCUUCAAACUGGAACUUUCCAAUUUUCUCCUAUAAAUUCGAUCGAUGGUGACUUCAAGAAUUCAUCCGAUCAAAUUAAUCUCCUCUCUUUGCUCUCUCUGUAAUGGAAUCAAAACCUAAGUCUUUGGAUUUGAGCUCGAACUCGAACUCGAACUCGACCUCGAGCGGUAUACUGUCUCAGUUAUCCUCUGCUAGUGCUCGAUCGCCGGUGGAGAUUUCGUCGGAUCGAAUUCGAACGCUUCGAUUCGAGGAGAAGAUGGCAGCUGAUGGGAGAUCGAACUUGAAAAUUGUUGAAGGGGACUUUGGCUACGUUCUUGAGGACGUCCCUCACUUGAGUGAUUACCUCCCCAAUCUUGAAACGUAUCCAAAUCCUUUGCAAAACAAUCCAUCGUAUGCAGUUGUUAAGCAGUAUUUUGUACAUAACGAUGAUACUGUUCCACAAAAGAUUGUCAUCCAAAAGAAUAGUCCAAGAGGAACCCAUUUUAGACGUGCUGGGCCCCGUCAGAAGGUGUAUUUUCAACCUGAUGAUGUGCAAGCAUGCAUUGUAACAUGUGGAGGCCUAUGCCCUGGGCUCAAUACGGUGAUUAGGGAAAUAGUAUGCGGCCUAAACCACAUGUAUGGUGUCGACAAAGUUUUUGGUAUAGUGGAUGGAUACAAAGGUUUCUAUGCUCGUAAUACUGUUGACUUGACGCCAAAAAGUGUUGAUGAUAUCCAUAAAAGAGGUGGUACCGUCCUUGGUACAUCACGUGGAGGUCAUGAUACCAUGAAGAUAGUUGAUAGCAUUCAAGAUCGGGGGAUUCAUCAGGUUUAUAUAAUUGGAGGAGAUGGAACUCAAAAGGGGGCUUCUUUGAUUUUUGAGGAAAUUCAACGGCGUGGUCUCAAAGUUGCUGUUGCUGGAAUUCCUAAGACAAUCGAUAACGACAUUGCUGUCAUAGACAAAUCCUUUGGUUUUGAUACUGCUGUUGGGGAGGCCCAGCGGGCGAUCAAUGCAGCCCAUGUGGAAGCUUCAAGUGUUGAGAAUGGCAUUGGUGUUGUGAAGCUAAUGGGUCGCUAUAGUGGAUUCAUUGCUAUGUAUGCUACUCUUGCAAGCAGAGACGUGGACUGCUGCUUGAUACCAGAAUCCCCCUUUUAUCUGGAAGGAAAAGGUGGACUGUAUGAAUAUAUAGAAAAGAGACUUAAAGAAAAUGGGCACAUGGUUCUUGUUGUCGCUGAGGGUGCAGGGCAAGAGCUUAUUGCUGAAAGCCUGCGGUCGAUGGACCACCAGGAUGCCUCUGGAAAUAAGCUGCUGCUUGAUGUCGGCUUAUGGUUAUCUCAGAAAAUAAAGGAUCACUUCACUAACAGUGGAAGGAUGCAGAUAACUCUGAAAUAUAUUGAUCCGACUUACAUGAUUCGUGCAAUCCCAAGUAUUGCAUCUGACAAUGUUUACUGCACUCUGCUGGCUCAUAGUGCCAUUCAUGGAGCAAUGGCGGGAUAUACUGGCUUCACUGUUGGUCUUGUCAAUGGCAGACAUACCUACAUACCAUUUUAUAGGGUAACAGAGACAAGGAACAAGGUGGUGAUUACUGACAGAAUGUGGGCGAGGCUGCUUUCUUCAACUAAUCAGCCAAGUUUCCUAAGUGCCAAAGAUAUCGAGGAAGCAAAGAGAGCAGAAAAUCUACAAAAAUGGAGAUCAUCAAGUGGAAAGUUCACGCUUGAUGGUCAUCAUGUGAUGCCGGAGUAUGACAGUAAUGCUGAAAAUUGCGACACUGAAAAUAAUGGCACAACGCAGAAGUGUUGAAACUGGGUAUCUUUACUGCUCAUCCAAAAUUAUAUCUAUUAAGAUACAGUAGAUACUUAUGUGUCAUGCCUAUGUGGGUUUUCUUCCUUCUGAAAAUUUCAGUUUCUGGAUUUUUUUGUGGUAUCAAUAUAUAAGAUUGGGUACUGUAUGUAUUUCUCCACUCCAUCAAGCACUAGAGAUAUCAAAAUAAGGGGUAUGGUGUAUCAUAACCCGUUUCAUGUAUAUAUGAGGACUGUAAUCAACUAGUAAGAUCAUUUCUAAUUCUGUAGUAGUUUUGUCAACAUGUUUUCUGCUGUA